AAAAAACGCACUUUUGGAUUCUCCCAAAUAAUCCCUAUCCCAAAUCUUCGUCUCUUCUUUAUCUUCCCCAGCGCGAGCGAAACCCUAACUUCUCUGCAGAUUUUGCACAAUCUCAGAGGAUUUCUUCAGAGUUUGUUAUUCAAAGCUCCAAGAUUCGUUUGAGAAAUGUCAUCUGUUUCAAGCCAGCCACAGUUUCGUUACACGCAACCUCCUUCAAAGGUUCUUCAUUUGAGAAACUUGCCAUGGGAAUGCACUGAAGAAGAGUUAAUUGAACUGGGAAAGCCUUUUGGUACAGUUGUUAAUACAAAGUGCAAUGUUGGAGCUAAUCGAAAUCAAGCUUUCAUUGAGUUCGAAGAUUUAAAUCAAGCUAUACAAAUGAUUUCUUACUAUGCUUCUUCGUCGGAGCCUGCUCAAGUUCGAGGUAAAACUGUCUACCUCCAGUACUCCAAUAGGCAAGAGAUAGUGAAUAACAAGACCACAGCGGAUGUUGUGGGGAAUGUUCUUCUGGUGACUGUCGAAGGCGAGGAUGCUCGUAUGGUCAGCAUUGAUGUCUUGCAUCUGGUAUUCUCGGCAUUUGGGUUUGUCCACAAGAUUACUACUUUCGAGAAGACAGCCGGAUACCAGGCACUGGUUCAAUUUUCUGAUGAGGAAACUGCAACCUCUGCAAAAAAUGCCCUCGAUGGAAGAAGCAUCCCUAGGUAUCUACUCGCUGAGCAAGUGGGACAAUGCUCACUUAAAAUCACAUAUUCAGCUCAUACAGAUCUGACUGUCAAAUUUCAGAGUCAUCGGAGCAGGGACUAUACUAAUCCUUACCUUCCCAUUGCUCCAUCAGCCAUUGACAGUACUGGUCAGGUGGCUGUGGGUGUAGACGGGAAGAAGAUGGAGCCUGAAAGUAAUGUUCUUCUCGCAUCCAUUGAAAACAUGCAGUAUGCAGUAACCUUGGAUGUUCUACACAUGGUUUUUGCGGCUUUUGGGGAUGUUCAAAAAAUUGCAAUGUUUGACAAGAAUGGUGGGCUACAGGCACUGAUCCAAUACAAAGAUGUUCAAACGGCUGUUGUGGCGAAGGAAGCAUUGGAAGGACAUUGUAUCUAUGAUGGUGGUUUUUGUAAGCUCCACAUUACUUAUUCACGCCACACUGACCUCAGCAUAAAGGUGAACAACGAUAGAAGCAGAGACUACACAAUGCCCAACCCACCGGUUCCAAUGCCUCAACAACCCAGUCAGAAUCCAUACACUGGCAAUCCUCAGCAAUACCACGCAGCAGGUGGGAGCCACCAGCAGCAGCCACAAGGUGGAUGGGUCCAACCAGGAGGGCAAGGCUCAAUGGGAAUGGGUGGUGGUGGUUACAAUCCUUACAUGGCACCACCAUCUUCAAGCUCAAUGCAUCAUGGUCCGGGUGGUCAUAUGCCUCCACAUCAUUAUGGUGGUCCUGGUCCAAUGCAUUAGAGAGAGAGAGAAAGAAAGUCCCUAAAAGUCGAAGACAAAAAGAUGUUUAAUCUCUCUCUUUAUUUCUCGUAGCUCUGUUUUUUUUUUUUGGAACACUAGUACGUGUGUCCAAAUGAUGAUUUUUAACUAUUAAACCAUUCGAGAAAUGUAUUAGAAAGAACUUAAUUUCUCUA